UUGCCUAAAAUUGCGUGACCUAGCCCCUUUAAGUUAAGUGACUUAGUUCUCUAAAUUAGCAGUGUCUUUUACUUUUCGUUGUCAGACUUGCUAAAACAGCCAUUGAAUAAACCGUAUGGUGACCGUGCUUUUCACAUGUUGACGGGGGAAUUCCCAGAUGUUCCCGUCCAAUAAUAAACCAUUUUCGUAUUCGCGGUACUGGACUGGAACUAGCUGGCGACCGAAGGCUUUUCAAAUGCAAAUGACACAAAUCUCUUUUUAAUGAUAUUCCCCUCAUGAGCCUUCAUUGCAAUCUCCAUGCAGUUCCAGUUCAAUACCGUACCGAGAAUACGAAUAUGGCCUUUUCACCGUAGAAAAUAACGAAAGUACACCUACUUUAAUGCACGCGUGAAUAUCAUGGGACCCUAGCUGAACACACUAUUCAUAUGUACUGUACUUUUACCUGAGAAGUUGGUAACAAAUUAGUUAAUGACGUCCUCGUGAGUAGCAAGCCGACUCAGAGUUUUCUUGGAGAGCGGAAUACUUUCGGUUUCACGAAUUUACCGUCAAGCAUCAGUAAAAACUAACCUACCGCCAUCCAAGGGAACGGCGACCAGAACAACUGACAUGGAUUCGGCGGAAAGCGGUCUAUAUGAAUCUAACAUGACCGAGUCAGUAACGAGCAGCAGUUCAACGUUAAUUCCUAGUGUUCCUCCUCCGACUCCUUACGAAAGACGAAAUACAUUCAGGAUUGGACACUGGGAGGUCAGCCUCUUCUGGGCAAACGUGUUCUUUGCUCUUGUCGUAGCAGCCAGCGAAACCGGUCGAGGCCUCUCAUUGCGUGUGUGGAUCAAUUCGACGGCAAUAGCUGGAAACACACAUGCGCAUAGUUCAGCGCUAAGUUAUUUUGCGCUUUCUUUUGAAAGUCUGUCGUCUGUUGUGAUAUUUGGGUUGGGGAUUCUGUUCAUUCGUAUAUAUUCACCCCAAGACCUGGGUUCUGUGGAGAGGAAUUAUCCACACUUUUUGUUAUUCUUGGUCGGCUUCUGUAAUGCCUUGAGCGAAGUGCUGACGACAGUUUUGGCAAGCGAACCUGAGGUCCAAGCUCCUCGACAUCUAGACUCAAUUCUUAAAAACUUCGCGAUUCCUUUAACUAUUUCAGCCAGGCGGGUUUUUUUAAAGAAGAGGCCAACCCUUAAAAAACUAAUAUGUGCUGUGGUUGUGACAGUUACACCUGUUGUUUAUGUCAUCGAAACACAAACAAAGCUGCAAUCUGGAUGGACAGUACCUAUAAUGGCCGCAAUAAGUUGUCUUCCGACAGCUAUGGCAAUCGUCCUUGUGGAAAGAGGAGUAAAAAUGCAACAGGAAAUGUCAAGAAGAGGAAUCAACUUGCAUUACUUCCUGUUCUGGAUUUCUACAUAUCAGUUCCUUUUCCUUGCCUCGGCGCUGGUCUGGGUAGAUAUUCUACCGGCGAGUGGAAGUACAAAUACAACCCAGGAUACUAGCGGUAGCAAUAUUGAAGAUUUUGGACGCAAUUGGUUGUAUGGAUUACAAUUUUGCUUUGGCGCAGCAGAACCAGCCAUGAUAGGAACUUUGGUUAUUUUCCUGUACGUUUGUACCUACGCUGGAUCAGUGAAUCUACUGCGUCACUCUGAGGGAGCCACGUGGUUAGUUAUUGUCCAGGUGAGGAAAACCCACAGUAGUUUCUGACCUAGUAUAGACCCUAGUCAUAAAUGAUUGCAUACACAUUUAAAUUAGCCUAACUAACAUCGUUUGAGAGUAAAAAUUCUUUUGAAAUAUCAACUCAAAACCGAGGUUAGUUGGACUAAUUUUUAAUACCAGCCAUUUACGAAGAGGGUCUAUACCAAAUAGUAAGUUCAGGAUGAAAGAGGGUGAUAAUCUGUGUAACAGACCAUUUCCGAGGUCCCGUCCACACUGCACUGAAGGAAUUUCAAAACAGUAUUUUCAC